GGCAAUGUAUACAUCAAGAAGCAAUUGAUUGAAGACCCUAACACUAGACAGUACCAGUUCUUAGUCAUGGCUAGUGAUAGCGGGAUUCCAUCAUUGAGUACUACUGCUAGUGUCACCAUUAAUGUGGAGAGGCAUGAACGUAAUACUGAUAGUCUAGAAUUAGGUUUCAGUCUGGAAAAUUAUUAUGUUAGAGUGUAUGAGGAGCUAACAAUUAAUACAACCAUACGGGAACUAAAUGUCAUUAACCAGGCUACAGAUAAGAAUGUUGUUUGUGAAAUAAUUGAAGGAAAUGAUGAAGGCCACUUCGCUGUCAUAUCAACAAAUUUUAAGAAAGACUGUGCCAUUGUUAAUCGUAACGAACUAGACAGAGAGACAACAAGUCGAUACAACCUUACCGUAUCUGUUAAAGAAAUCAGCAAAAAGCGAGCUGCCUCAUAUGCCAUCACAUAUGUGAUAAUUGAUGUGCUGGACCUCAAUGACGAGGCACCUCAGUGGGUGUUCCCAGAUCCCCAACCAUAUCCUAGCCCUUCAACAACCAGUGGCAAGUACUUCACAGCCUUAAGCAAGACAGCAGAUGCAUCUACCUUUAUCAUACAAGUACUGGCUGUAGACAGAGAUGAAGGGAACUUUGGUCGAGUGCAAUACCAGAAGAAGACAGAAUCCGGGCAAAGUAAUUCUUUCUUCCAUAUUGAUCCUACUAAUGGAAUGAUUCGCAACGUAGCUGAGUUUGCCAGUUCAGAUAAUAAUACUCAAAGGUUCCAUAUUGUAGCAUAUGACAACCCAGGAAAUGGCACAGACAAGCACAAAACUGAAGGGGAAGUUAUUAUCAACCUGAUCAGUGAUGAACAUAGAUUUGUGUUGAUGGUUGAUGAAUCUUCAGAUGAGGCAUAUGAACAUAGAGAUGUUAUCCUGAGGUCCCUCCAAGAGGAGACAGGGAUGAUUCCAAUAAUUGAAAAGAUCCAGGCUAAACGUACCCAAGAUAAUGGAAGAACAACUGUAGAUACAGAGAAAACUGAUGUGUGGUUUGUUCUAACGAAUGUGACAGAUUACAGUUUGGUUGGUAGGGACAGCAAUGUCGUACAAACCAUUAUCGAGUCCAAACUGAAGCUGAUCGAACAAAGUAUGGCGAAAAAGGGUGUAUUUAUUGAUGGAAUCCGUGGCCCCUAUGAUGAGCCUAACACUGGCAUGAUUGUAAUGAAGACUUAUGAAAACUACUCCUGGGGACCAUGGGCUGCCUUAAUUGCCCUGGCCUGCCUGAUCAUUCUGUUCUGUAUAAUUGGAAUUAUUGUGCUCUGCAUCAGUUGGGCUAGAUACCAGAGGGCGCUUAAGAGGUACCAUCAUUCGGAGCGUACAGUCAUGGUUGUCCCAACAUAUGAACCAGAAUAUGCGAUUGCACCUCCCAGUUACCAAAAGGAAUUUGAAACACAGAGUCUUGCCAUGUAUGUACCAGAGGAGCCCAUAGUUGAUCUUGGAGAAGUUAACAUGACACUCACCACACAUGAAGGGGUGCUGUCUGGAGAGGCCACACGUAAAGAUAUGGUCAUUGAAUCAGCCCCAGGUGUAGUCUCCGGACAUGGUGGAAGACCAGGGGAUGAUGGGACUGCAAGGAUGACGGUGAUGAAUUCCAGUACACUGCGCUCAGAUAUUGACCAUGGGGAUGCUGUCAAUGCACAUGUCAACCCCAUAUAUGAGAGCAACGAGAUGACUACAACUAAGACAUACUACACAUUUACAGAAGACCACCGUGGAGAGGCUUAUGAAAGUCAGACUUAGAAAUCAACUAUGUUUGAGAUAAAAUAUUUCCAAUAUUUGACCGUGAACACUGUUUUGCACCAAUUUGAUAACAGUUUUUGUGUUGAACAAUGUACUAUGUACAACUAUCCAAGGAACCAUAAUGAUUAUGUUUAGUAAUCUAAUGGCAGUAAACUCCAUGACACACUUAAUUCUUCAGCAAUAUUUCACUGAUUAUGGAUCUGUUGAUGAGCCAGUUAUUGGCCAGAAAUAUCAAGACUGUAUUUGUAUUUACUAUGUUUUUUAAAGGCACUGUAUGUUUUAAAUCCAAUAUUGAAUGUAAUGUGUAUGUUAUAUAAUAUUUACCAUACUCAAAUGUAAGAUAUUAUUUCAUAUUACUCAAACUCUUGGAUUUUGAUGUUUUGAUAUCAUCUUUGUAGGGUAUGGAUUUAUA